AUUUUGAAUUUUUGUCAAUGUUCUGCGCACCCUCCUGCCGUCUGCCGUACAGUAGAACGCUGCGUCUACUGAGCUGCGAAGAGGUAACGCAGCCCACACUAAGAUGCAGACUACUCAGUCAACACUGGCAAUCGGAGGAGAGGCGUUGGUGUCUACACAAUGGGAGCGUAUUAAGAGAGCUGGCCACAAUACUGAUGAAGCCAUUGCACCAAGUGUGCCGCUUCCUUUACACGCUUACUAUGCAGAAGUUUGGCCAAAUACUUAAUCCGAAAUGCUCCCAGUGGAACUAUUAUCGGGUACCUUUCGUACGGCCCGACACGUGUGCGCUCUAUGAUGGGAUUUUCGAUGUUGACGGCAAUCUUCGCAAUCCCUUGCAUCCGUAUAUUCGUCAUUUAUUGGUAACGAUUCUAUACUACUUUCUGAAUAUGCCGUGCGGCGAAGCUAUACAGCCGCGUAGAAAGUCGGAAAGUGACAUUUUUUACCGCAGUGGGGGGAUGUGCAAGAACUUUUUUGACAGAGGUAGUAUGACAGCGGGCCAAGCAGCGGCCUUCAAUCAGUUUAUUACCGAAUCAACAUUUGGCUCUGGAUUUGAUGAUUCUAAACAAGAUGGAGAUGGCAGAGAUGGCAGAGCCGGUGGCCAAGUCGACAAAGGUGGCAGACCUAGUCACAGUGGCAUCGGUGGCAAAGGUGACAAAGAUGGCAGCAAAGAUGGCACCGGUGGCAACGGUGGCAACGGUGGCAACGGUGGCAACGGUGGCAACGGUGGCAAAGAUGGCAACGGUGGCAUAGAUGGCAACGGUGGCAAAGAUGGCAAGGGUGGCAAAGAUGGUAAGGGUGGCAAUAAGGGAAACGGCGGAGAUAAUUACGGAAGUCGUCGGAAUAGGAAAAGCAUGAACGAAAUUUCCGAUUUGUACUCAAGUGUUGUGGAGAACAAACGCCCCGGCCCACUGGCGUCUAAGGGCAAGAAACCAACAACCAAACAACCCAAGAAACGUCGUUACAUGGGAAAAGAAAAUCUCCGCAUUAUGGGCUUGAUGCUGCCCGUAUUGAUGCAUGAGCCGUUUGAUGAUACGAAACCGUGGACUUGGGUCCGCCGGCAUCCGGCACAGGAACGCGUGCUCGAGGGUACAACAGUGGGGCGCGCCAGGGUGCAUCGAUAUAGGCGUAAAACUCUUGAGAUACAAUACCAAAACGCAAUUAAGCACUAUUCGGUGCACAGCUUAUAUUCGGUUGGACAGCACGGCUCAAUUGGCUCUACGGGUUACUUUGGCAAAGGCCACCCCCAUAAGAAAGGCAUGCCAUUGCUCAAAUCCUUAAACUACAAUAAUUUAAAUGGUAAGACGUCUGUUCAUGUGUCGGGCUUACCGAAAAAAUCAAAGAAGUAGUGCUGAAGCCAAAGUCCUUUUCUGUUUAUAGAAACAACAGUUGAAAAGAGAGUGAAAUCAAUUUCAACUAACUAACAAGACACAAUAUGAACAUUUAUGAAUAAAAUUGAUUUUUA